AAAAAAAAAAAAACCGCAAAGCUUAUUAAUCAGUGAAAAGGAAAAAAAAAACUUGAACAAGGAGCAAAACCCCAACCAGCAGCAGUGAAACCUGAAAGCGGCCCCUUCUCUUCCUUCUUUCCUCUUCUUCUGUGUUUUAAAUCUGGAAAAUCUCAUUUGAUAUAGUUCGCUUUUAAGUUGAAGAUUUGGGUUUUAAUUAAUAAAGAAUUGAAGAAAUUUGGGUUUGAAAAACCAACAAGAAAAAAGCAAAAGCAAACCCACUCUUCUACUUACUUAUUCAUACGUUUCUUUCUACAUUCAAAAAGAAAAUUCGAUUUUUUUUUUAUUUCUUGCGUUUUGCAACUACUGCUUCUCUACUCUUUUUUCUGUAUAAACAAAAAAUAUAAAUUUUAGAGGAAACCCAAGAAAGAAGAAUAAACAAUGAAGCUAUGUCUCCAACCAUUGUCGUAUCUUCGUAGGAAAUGGUUAAAAUAAUGAAAUGAGGAUGAGAUCUACGGCACCGUUCAUCAAAUUUUUUAUUUGAAUGUUUGCUAUAGCCAUUGCUAGGAUUUUGUCUUCUGUUUCGUUUCCGCCAUGACUACCAAACGUGCUUACAAGCUACAGGAAUUUGUCGCGCAUUCUUCAAGUGUGAAUUGCCUAAAGAUUGGAAGGAAAUCGUCGAGGGUUCUUGUGACUGGAGGGGAAGAUCACAAGGUUAACCUUUGGGCUAUUGGUAAACCCAACGCCAUACUGAGUUUGUCGGGACACACAAGUGGAAUAGAUUCGGUGAGCUUUGAUUCUUCAGAAGUGUUGGUAGCCGCAGGUGCUGCAAGUGGUUCCAUCAAGCUUUGGGAUUUGGAGGAGGCAAAAAUUGUUCGGACUCUGACUGGUCAUAGAUCCAAUUGCAUCUCUGUGGACUUCCACCCCUUUGGCGAGUUCUUUGCAUCUGGCUCUCUUGAUACAAAUCUCAAGAUUUGGGAUAUCAGAAAGAAAGGGUGUAUCCACACUUACAAGGGUCAUACACGAGGAGUCACUGCAAUCCGGUUUACACCAGAUGGCCGAUGGGUUGUAUCUGGUGGUGAGGACAACUUUGUCAAGGUGUGGGAUUUGACUGCUGGAAAACUGUUGCAUGAUUUUAAGUAUCACGAAGGCCAAAUUCAGUGCUUAGAUUUCCAUCCCCAUGAAUUUCUACUGGCUACAGGUUCAGCCGAUCGGACUGUUAAAUUUUGGGACCUUGAAACUUUUGAACUUAUUGGUUCAGCUGGGCCUGAGACUGCUGGAGUCCGUUGCUUGACCUUCAAUCCUGAUGGGAGGACUGUACUCUGUGGAUUGCAUGAAAGUCUGAAGGUUUUCUCAUGGGAACCGGUAAGAUGUCAUGAUGGUGUGGAUGUGGGAUGGUCUAGAUUGUCAGAUCUUAAUGUUCAUGAAGGAAAGCUUCUUGGCUGCUCUUAUAAUCAAAGCUGUGUUGGAGUAUGGGUUGUAGACAUCUCGCACAUAGAGCCUUAUGCUGAUGGUAAUGCUAAUCGUGUGAAUGGUCAUUCUGAACCUAAGUCUAGUUCCAGUGGAAACCUCUCUGUACUGAAUGAGAACACAACAAAAGCUAGUCUGGGUAAAUUAUCAGUUUCACUAAACCCUGAUACUUUAGUGAAGGAAACAAAAUCCCUUGGAAGGUUGUCUGUUUCACAAAACUCGGAUCCUGCUAAGGAGUCCAAAAAUUUGGCAUUGACAGGAAAUAUACCUGGUACCCCUCAAAGGUUCAAUUUAAACACUGCUCCAAAGACAACUCAACCGAGUUCAGCAACACUUCCUAGUGUAGCAGCUUCAAAGAGGAGUUCUAUGAGGGCUAGUUCAGCUGUCAAUGUUCCACCUUUUAACAAGUCAGAUGUCAUACCUGUGAUUGUGCCUAGAAAUGAUACGAGAUUGGAGCAGGCUGUUGAAUCAAGAAAAGAAGUUGGAAUAUCUGGGAGAAGUUUGGAGCACGCUGCUGAAUCUAGAAGCAAAGUUGGAAUAGAGAGAAGUUUGGAGCUGAGCUUGCCAGCUGCUGAAUCUAGAAAAGAAGCGGGAAUAGUUGGGAGAACUUUGGAGGAAGGAGUUGAUUCCAGAAAGAACCGUAUUGUUGGAAGAACAAUGCCAUUUUCUUUGCAGUCAAAGACAUCUAGUUUUCAGAAGUUUCAAAAUAGCAGGGAAGACAUGGACUGGCCAGCUAUCUCUGUGCUGUCUGAAAGUACAGGUUCUAAGGUGGCUGAAUUCAGCAGUGUUCUGGACAGGAGUAUGUUUCCUUCUGUUAAAGGCCCAAUUCUAGGAAUGCCUGCUUGUGACAAGAAUAUGAAGGAAGAUAGGUGUAUUGGCUCUGGCAAGAAUGAACCAAACUCGGUGAUGGAAUUGCCUUCAAGCUACCAGGAUGAAAAUCAUGAUGCACAAGUGGAAAAAACACAUAGAGAUGCAUAUUCUUUAGAAAGCCAAAAAGGAGGAAGAAAACGUUCAGUAGUCAUUAAUUGGGAGAAAAGAGGGAGAUCUUCUAAUUAUGAUGGACCUACUUUGAGUAUCUCCCCGGGGAAUGCAUCUGUGGCAAACAUGCCUUCCUUUAAUUCAUAUAAACAAAGAGGAUACCCUACCUCUGUGGAAAAAGAAGUGCCUUCUGCCAGUGAUGAGGAUGCUGUUGCAGAUGUACUGGAGCAGCAUGACCAAUUCAUUGGUUCUAUGCUGUCUCGUUUAGCUAGGUUACAGGUUGUUCAUCGAUACUGGGAAAGGAAUGACAUAAAGGGGGCAAUCAGUGCAAUGGAAAAGAUGGCUGAUCAUGCUGUACUUGCUGAUGUGAUGAGCAUUGUCACUGAGAAAAUAGACAUUGUCACAUUUGACAUUUGCACUUGUCUUCUGCCACUUCUCUCUGGUCUCCUUGGAAGUGACAUGGAUAGGCAUUUGAGCAUCUGUCUGGGUAUGCUGCUUAAGCUCAUCAGAGUAUUUGGUUCAAUGAUAUAUUCAACAUUAUCUGCUUCGACACCUGUUGGUGUAGACAUUGAGGCGGAGCAAAGGCUUGAGCGGUGCAACCUCUGCUUUAUAGAACUUGAAAAAGUAAAACGCUGUCUGCCCACACUUACUAGAAGAGGGGGAUCAGUGGCAAAAUCUGCCCAGGAAUUGAAUCUAGCCCUUCAAGAAGUAUCGUAACAUUAAUCAAAGCAUUGAAUGAAUGCAUGCACAAGCUUAUUUUUAUCCAUUGAAUGAAAGCAAGUUUUGGCACUUCCACGCAGUCAAGCAUCAAUCACUAUGAUGCAUAUUGUCUUGCCAAGUUCUGCUGCACCUUGUACAUUUUAUACCAAGUGGAGGAAUUUUAACUGCUAACUGAUUCUACUAAAUUGACUGAAAAGUGAAGACUGAAGGCUAAUUGGGUUGUUACUCUGGUGCUGGUGGCUGCACAGGUUUUUCCAACUUCUAGUUUAUACCUUCUUGGUAAAGAUUAUACCAACAUCGUGUUCCACAUCAAUUUGUACGUUAUGUUCAUUAAUGAUUAACUAUUUUUAUGAGUUUGUCACUGCAAUGAAGCAGGCAGAUUUGAUGAAAUUUGAAUUUCUUCUUGUGGUUGUAUAGCGUUGGGAAAGGGCGAAGGCAUGAUGGUUGGUGUGUUUUUUUUAUUCAAUUUUUACGAAUUUAACCUUUCAAAUUUUAUAUAAAAUUUGUGGAUUUUAUGCUAGUCAAAUAAGAGUCAAACACUAAACCCAGGAACUAGGUCAAAUCUUAAACCCCAAACAUUACUUCAAAACCCUAGACUCCAGAUUAUAGUUCAAAACCUAAACCCAAACCCUAUGUCAAACCAUAAACUCAAAUUGUAAAUUAAAACCUUAAAUCCCAAGUCUUAGGUCUUAAGCGUAAUCUCCAUGUAUGUCUUCUAUUUGUUUAUUCACACUAUUUAAUUUAUUUCCGUUACAUUAUUAUGCAUU